CUCAUUAACUUGCCCGCUUGAACAUAUUAAUGUGCAUAUUCUCCCCUCCUCUCUCUCCCUUGGCCCCCCUUCCCUCUCCUGCUACCUCGCGCUCUAUCCCUCUCAGCUCUCUCUCACUCGCUUUCUCUUUUUCUCUCUUUUUCAUUCUCCCGCUCCCUUCAUAUCAGAAUCGCACAGAGCAGUGUCCGUGUGGGGACGCGAGAAGCCAAUGGAACGAGGAUCCUAUAGAAGAUGCAAAUGAUCCUGAAAACACACCGCAAAAUAUGAAACUACUCGUUUGCAGCCGAGUAAAUCAUAGAAAACUGGUUGGGAACUGGCACCGGAAUUCACCAGGAUUGUGAUGCUGGAACUCUACAGUGGGAACAUGCUUAUGGAAGCUUUAGAUAAGUUGUUUUAACAAAGGUAUACGAACGCAAACCGUUCAGAUAUUGGAACUCAACGCUUUGCUGCUGCAUUGUUUGUUACCUCAGUAGCUGUGAAACUGACAACUCUCUGUAGCUACAGCGCUGAUAUAAAGACAUUCAAACGCAAACUCUUGAACAAAAUCAGCACAUACAACAACAUCAAAAGAUGAGCUCAUAUUUCGUCAACUCUCUCUUCACUAAAUACAAAAGUGGAGACACUCUACGGCCGAACUAUUACGAGUGCGGAUUUGCUCAAGACCUUGGGACGAGACCCACCGUCGUGUACGGUCCAGGCACCGGGGCCACUUUCCAGCAUGCCCCUCAGAUUCAGGAGUUUUACCACCACGGCGCGUCCACGCUCUCCGCAGCGCCUUACCAGCAGAGUCCCUGUGCGGUAACUUGUCACGGCGAGCCGGGAAACUUCUACGGUUAUGAUGCUCUCCAGAGGCAAACACUUUUCAGUGCUCAAGACGCCGACUUGGUUCAGUAUAGCGACUGCAAACUCUCCACGGGGGGCAUCGGCGACGAGACGGACAACGCAGAACAGAGUCCGUCGCCCACACAGCUGUUCCCGUGGAUGCGACCUCAAGUAGCUGCCGGACGGAGGCGAGGUCGCCAGACCUACAGCCGCUAUCAGACGCUCGAACUCGAGAAAGAGUUUCUCUUCAAUCCCUACCUAACGCGCAAGAGACGAAUUGAGGUAUCACACGCUUUGGGACUGACAGAACGACAAGUCAAAAUCUGGUUUCAAAACCGUCGCAUGAAAUGGAAAAAGGAAAACAACAAGGACAAGUUUCCAAGCAGCAAGUCUGAACAAGAGCAGAUCGAAAAAGAGAAACGGGAGAAAGAACAGGCAUCCGGGACACAGUCGGCCGGCGAAGACUGCGACAAGGAAAAACAAAUGUAGAGCGGAUGCGUGUGUGAGUGAGUGUGUGUGUGUGUGUGUGUGUGUGUGAGGGCGAAAGAGAGAGAGAGAGAGAGAGAGAGAGAG